AUGCACUUUGCGGCGAUUUGGUUCUUUUUGACGUUGGAAUUAUUGUCCAUACACACGUGCAGCAGUAAACUGACUAGUGGGUUGAAAAAUUUGCUAUAUGAUAAAUUUACUGUAGAAGGUUACGACAAACGAAUCAGACCGGUAAAACACCAGGGGUUAACCCUGGAUCUGGACAUUAGUCUUCGAUUCUCGGGCAUCAACUCCUUGGACGAAGUUAAAGGUGUUUUCACAACAUCUGGGUUUAUGGUUUUACAAUGGUAUGAUAGUUAUUUAUCCUGGGAUCCGCAGAGUUAUGAAAAUAUCACCGAGAUGUAUUUACCACAAAACGACAUUUGGAAACCAGAUUUGGUGUUAAAAAAUGGAUUAAAAUCGUUCAGCGAAAUGGGAGGAAAAUUUUAUUACGUAUAUGUAGAACAUACUGGACUAGUUAUUUGGUGGCCUUUUCAGGUGUUUGAGACCAAAUGCCCCAUUGAUAUCACAUACUUUCCUUUCGACAGACAGACUUGUAAUAUAACAUUGACGAUUUGGACACAUACUAUCUACGAAGUCAACAUUUCCAACAGCAACCAAGGACUGGACUUUUAUGAGUUUAUCCCAAGUAGCGUUUGGGCUAUAGACUCCUCGUCCCACAAUAUAAGGACUGGUUCUGGUGAGUCGGAAGUGACGUUUACCUUUAACCUGAGUAGAAAACCCGGAUUUUACAUUCUGAAUCUGAUACUACCCAUUCUUUUUCUGGGGAAACUCAAUCUCGUUGUAUUCCUGAUACCAACACAAAGCGAAGAAAAGGUUGCGUUCUCAAUUACUCUUUUCUUGUCUUUCGCUGUUUUCCUAAACGUUCUUGACUCCUCACUACCAGAAAAUUCAGACAAUACGUCUUUUCUCUGUUUGUAUCUUGUUUUAGAAUUAACCAUUGGCGUUAUCAUUCUCAUUAUAACAGCCAUACAAGUUCGAAUUUGUCAUAGAAAACCGUCUAUUCCCUUUAAUAGUUUUCAUCGUAAAAUAUUAAGGCUAUCAAGAUGUUCCACAUGCUGCAAAGGAUAUCGUGUCAACAAUGAGAAAGAUGUAAAUAAGUUGGAGAACAUCAAGGAACCGGAAGGAGUGAUCGAACCAGUAUCUUCCCCGGAAACUGACUGGACCGCUCUCUGCACGGCUAUUGAUAUCCUGGCUUUCCACACGAUGCUUGUUAUUCAGGUGCUUAUAGUGACCAUUCUUGCGAUUGCAACCUAUGUCAACAGAUAAUCGGAAGCACCGUUUAAUAG